AUGGCAAGUGUACUGUCACGGCGUCUUGGCAAGCGAUCCCUCCUGGGAGCCCGAGUAUCUGUCCCCAGUGCCUCUGGAGAUGGCCUGGCAGCAUCAGUCCAGCCCUCAGGCUCCCACACUGAGCUAGUUGGGGUGGCUGCCCCCCAGCCUUUCCCUGCCUACAAAGACAGCCACUGCCAGGAACAUCCUAAGGAGAUCCUCAUGGCUUCUGGUGUCCCAGGUCUACAGCAGGUGGUGUUCCAGCCAGGACAGAAGGUGUGUGUGUGGUAUGGAGGCCAGGAGUGUAUGGGAGUGGUGGAACAGCACAGCUGGGCAGAAGAUAAGGUGACGGUUCUGCUUUUGGACCAAAAAUUGCAAAUCUGCUGCAAAUCAGAGGAGGUGUGGCUACCAGAGCUGAAGUGCUCCGUACCUCAGCCACCACCAACCAUGGAACAGGGAGCACCUGCUGGGGCAUACAGAUCUGUCUCCAGGAACAUUGAUGUCCCAAAGAGGAAGUCGGACGCAGUGGAGAUGGAUGAGAUGAUGGCGGCAAUGGUCCUGACAACUCUCUCUUGCAGCCCAGUAGUGCAAAGUCCUCCUGGCAUUGAGUGCAAUUUACCUGUAUCCCGAGCAGCCUGUGACCUAUGGAAGGAGAGUGGGGAUGUGUCGGACAGUGGCAGCAGCACCACCAGUGGGCACUGGAGUGGGGGUAGUGGGAUCUCCACCCCUUCACCUCCCCACCCUCAAGCAAGCCCCAAAUAUUCAGGCGAGGCUUUUGGUUCACCAAAAGCUGACAAUGGCUUUGAGACAGACCCUGAUCCUUUCCUGAUGGAUGAGCCAGCCCCACGGAAGAGAAAGAACUCAGUGAAGGUGAUGUACAAGUGUCUGUGGCCAAACUGUGGCAAAGUCCUACGCUCCAUUGUGGGUAUCAAGAGGCAUGUCAAGACCCUCCACCUGGGGGACAGUGUGGACUCUGACCAGUGGAAACGGGAGGAAGAUUUCUACUACACAGAGGUGCAGAUGAAGGAGGAAGCUGCUGCUGUGGCAGUGGCUACUCCCACGGCUGAGACAGUUCCUGUCCAGAGUCUGACCAACCCUCCCCUUGCCAUCCUACCACCACCCCUGCCCCAAGCAGACUCAUUAGUCCUGGAACACCCUGUCUUGGAACCUUACUUGCCCACUGGUGCUCUCAGCAAGUCAGCCCCUGGCUCCUUUUGGCACAUUCAGGCUGACCAUGCAUACCAGGCACUACCAUCAAUCCAGAUCCCAGUAUCUCCACACAUAUACACCAGCAUUAGCUGGGCUGCUGCCACUUCUACGAUCCCAUCCCUCUCUCCGGUCCGGAGCCGGUCACUAAGCUUCAGUGAACCCCAGCAGCCACCACCUACGUUGAAAUCCCACCUGAUUGUCACAUCACCACCCCGAUCACAGAGCAGCACCAGGAAAACCCGUGGAGAAGCCAAGAAGUGCCGUAAGGUAUAUGGCAUUGAGCAUCGGGACCAGUGGUGCACAGCUUGUCGGUGGAAAAAGGCCUGUCAACGGUUCCUGGAUUGA